GACAACAGUACCAAACAGUAAUAUUUUCAAAUAGUAAAUUGACACUCAAGAUAAAUUUAAACACUUUGCAGACGAAAUUUGCCGCAAUCAGUCCAAAUGCAAAACCAGAUUGCCUGUGUACCGUAUCAGAGGAGCUUCCUCUGGCUAGUGGUAAAACUUGCGGCACCAAUAUUGGUGGACUCUGUGGUGGUGUUUCCUUUUCAUAAUAACCGCGGGGUGGCUGCUAAUAAGAAUUUCUUGUUGCCAGAAUUUUACGCUCUCGGCUCAGUCAGUCCACAUCUCGGAACCGUGUCAGUGAGAUCAAGUGUGCCAGGCAAAGUGUCAGUGUGACGAAAAAUUACCAUUCAAAAUUUUACGAAAAAGUCUAAUGAUGAGGCGCGUUGAAUUGUUGUACAGUUUUACUAAAAAGGUCUCUUUUAUAAAUUAUAUUUAUUAAAAAAUUUGAAGUGAAUUUCUGUACCAUUUUCCAAGUGUUUUAGUGUUUGUUUUUGGAAUUUUGCUAAAUUUCUUCUCUACAAGAUUUUCUAUACGCGCUAAAUAGUUGGUAUGUUGAUGACAAUGCUAACGACUUUGAUACAAUACAUCGUGAUAUAAAUAAGGAGUAUGGAGAAAUUCUGAGUUAUAUAUAUGGGACUGCAUUUAUCUUCGACGAAGGAAACCGUUCUUCACAAUAGAAUCUUCAUCAUUGCUUAAGGUGCCCGCGAGAUGUUGCCUCUUCGACCCAGCAAGCAGCUGCAGCCACCAUCUCUUCCCCCCCACUCCUGCUCUAUCAGCUGCUUCACUGCUCCACUGCGCUGCUCCUCAUUCAACCACCGGCUGCUUCAAAUACUAUGCGUCAAAUCACACCUCUCCCUCGCAUCCUGAUUGCGGUGUUCCUAUUGGCCGCUUCUAGCCAGAGCUCGGUUGCGAAUAGUGGUGGUGUGAGCCAUCGGCAGGGGGAGGAGGGGUCAACGAGGGGUGCACACACACGUCUCCACAAGCGCCACAUCAGCACAAAUUCGAGCACAACGGACGACCUGUGGUCGAGCAGUGAGGAGUUGAUGCCAUCACUUGAAGGCGUAGGAGGAGGAGCAAGUCGUUGGCUGAGCCAUAAAGAGUCUCAAAUGCUCUUGAAGAAGGAGGGGGGCGACAGAGGUCUCCCUGUGGACUGCUGUCCGUCUAUCAUGGAGAUCAUCCAGCCGCUGGGAGGAAUCAACCGUGAGGGAAUGCUUGUCAGGCUCUUUCGAGACAUCAAUAUCACUCAAAGUUUCUUUGAGCUGUCAUGCCGGACAGGCGUGGAGGGCAAGCCAUGCCGCUUCAUGGACCGCCAUCUGCACAACCAAUCGCGCUGUGUGCAGAAGUACUCCUAUUCCUACGCCCUGGUCGAGGACACCGUCAAGACCGGACAAGGACAAUACAGACGCGUCAACUCAGGACCAGUCCGUCCGGACAUGUGGAUGCUUGACCACAUACAGGUCCGCUCAGGAUGUGCUUGUGAAGUGCUUCCAAGAACCAAACGAAGAAAAUCAAAAAUGAAGCGUGGAAAGGAUUAGGAGUCUGAGACUUUUUGGUUGAUGUGUAAUUGUGUCUAGUUAUGUACUUGGCUUAAUAUUUAUGUGUUCGUUUAGUUGCUUGAAAAUUACUAUAGAAAAGUUAAUUUUACAAACAGAUAUAGUCCUUGAUGGAUCUAUUCAGGGACAAUUAAUGUGAGAUAUGUUCAUUAUACGACAUGAUCUGAGGUAUUGGUGUGGUAUCAAACAGAGAUAUACUACCACGGAUAGGAUGAAAUAUCAUAGCCACCUCUAAUACAAGGCCGCGGCCUACGAUAUUGCAACGUCGCAGUGUAGGCCUAGAAUCUAAUACAUGAUUGGUGAA